AUGGCUUAUGGUCCUGUUCGUCGUCAUCGACCCUGUGCUGCAGGCCGAAGGUCAAGCGGUGUUCUUUGGGUGCAUACUGCUGUUCAUCGCGCCGCCGAGUGGCAUCGUGUCCUUGCAGAUCAUGACUGGCAUCACGAUAUUGGCUGGUAUGGGAUUGGGUGGGCUUGGGGCGUCCUCACGAUGAAAGCCGCGUUGGCUACGAGGCCUGCUGCUGAGACGAAUGCGCGAUUGUUGGAGCUGGCGCACACUGCGUCCGAGACUACCACUAAUAACCAGCAAGCCUCCGGCCAGACUACUUAUACGCAGAUACUGAUUUAUGACGGGUUCAUGUUGGAUGCUCGCAUUACGGCAGUCUACUUUUGCAUGAUAUGCGUUUAUAUUUAUCUUCUAGCUAGGCUGCGCGCAGCAGCGCCCAAGCUCACACUCGCGCAAAUUUUCGGCACUAUCAUUAUUGAUGUCGUCCUUACGAUAGGCCCCCUUCUCCCCUCUUUCGAAGGCACCAUACCACAGAUUCUGCUCAAACCUGCGGCAACCGCUGUAGGGCUGGGAGUGGUCUGCAACGUUCUCCUCUUUCCCAAAAGCACAUCCUACAUCGUCCUGGAUAGCGUCAAACAGCUUCUCCUCCCCAUGUCCGAAUUUGUUGACGCUUGCCGCAUCAGCUUCGACGAUUCAGCCAAACCUAUGAGCGUUGCACGUCUGAAGGCUGCAAAGGCUGCCGGUAUGGCCACCUACAACGGUCUCGAAGCCAAUCUGGGCUUCCUGGCUCUCGAUGUGUCGAUCUGUCGCUGGAAUUUCGAAGAUAUUGGAUUAUUGAGGAAGCCACUCAAGCACUUGUUCGUCACAUGGGAGAGCUUGAUUGACUCGCAGAUCAUCCGUGCAAAGUCUCAAGCCAAAAGGCAGGAGUUCAAGGAAAAAGACGAGCACAAGCAAUCCCAGAUCCGAGGAAAACCUGGUCAACAUCAGCUCGCACAGCAGAUCGACUUUGCACGACUGUUCAGGAAUGACACUGACUCGCAAGACCUCUUCGCCCAGUCCAUGGAGGCACUCCGCGAAGCCAGCGACCCUCUCAUGAUCACUUGCCAAGAGGCUUUGGGGGCCAUGGUGGAAACCCUCAGCGCGGUCAAUGAGAGGAAGUAUUUCAAGCAACCUUCAGCAGAGACCUGUCAGGUUAUGGGUUCCAGACAUCGCCAGAUCCUAGAGAAAUUGCAAGCGGACAUUAAGCUCUUCACCAUAUCCACGCCCCAUCGCGUCCUCGAGCCCAAUACUCAUUUCUUCGGCGCGGAUGGAAACCUCAGUCUCCCUCCUGGCAGCGGGAUCGCUCCAGUGCGCGGCAUGAUCAUCGCCUUGAUCUGGGAAGAGCGCGUCAUGAGCUUCGCACGCGCUUUGGAAUACCUACUGGCGCAACUCGUGGCGUUGGAAAUACAUCGAACCAAGACAAGGCUGUGGAUGCCGACAGGACUACGACAUUUGGGACCGUGGGUAUUUGGCCGUGAGGCGACGCCACGAGUUACGCCGGUGCUGAAUGAGAUGGAGGAGGAGCAAGUCACAUCUGAACCGAAGAAGAGCAAAAAGCAUUCGCACAAAAAGCAAGAUGGUGACAAGGAUGAUGGCACCGAGGACAAUGUCCGUUCUACAGCAGGACAACUGGAGUCCAUCCGUUUGCAUAGAGGCAAGCAACGCAGCCGUGUCGGAAGCAUCUCCUUGGCUAUCUUCAAGUGGUUCUCCAGCACAAGUGGUCUGUACGCGCUUCGCGUGGUCAUCGUCACCAUUGCACUUGGUAUCCCAGCCGCUCUACCAAGCACCGCCGGAUUCUUCUAUCGCGAGAAAGGCCUCUGGGCUUUGAUCAUGGCGCAGGUCGGCAUGGUGCCCUACGCAGCUGAUUUCACCUGGGGUCUGAUGCUGCGUCUUACGGGCACUGUUGUCGGCGGUGUGCUGGGUCUCGUAGCUUGGUAUAUCGGCGCCGGAGAUGGUCCUGGCAACCCCUAUGGAAUUGCUGCCAUAUGUGUGCCUUUCAUCUUGGUCUUCAUGUGGGGACGGCUGUUCGGCCCGCCGGCCUUCUUACAGGCGAUUAUGCUCUGUGCUGCGACGUUCUUUCUGACGGUAGCGUAUAGUUGGGUCGAUACCCAUAUACCCAGUGACUACGGCAACCCUGGCGUCGGCUACAACGUCUUUUGGCGCCGUACGCUCCUUGUGAUUGUCGGUUUCACCACCGCAGCCAUAGUCAUGUUCUUCCCACGCCCGCCCUCUGCGGGCCGCCACUACCGACGCGUGCUCUCCGCCACACUCUCGCGCUUCCAAGACCUCUACGCCUUGUUCAUCAUGAAUAUGCGCAAGAAGCACACUGAUCAGGCCGCCAGCGUAGAACUCCUCUCCACGCUCGAAAAGUCCACCAUCGCGUCGGGAGAGCUUCUCAACUCCGUCGCGGGGCCGAUACAAUUUAUCAAGUUUGAGUUCUCGUCGACGGAUUGGUCGGCGGCAGGGUUAUCGGAAUUGACGGCCCUGGCCAUGGAUGUCAACUUUAACUUGUAUCAACUGUUCUACUACUCCUCCAGUCUACCCGACGACUUCCGUCGUCGCUUUGUGUUAUUGUCCGGUGUUUUUGAAGAGCAGUUUGUCGGCGAUCUCAUGGCUGUGCUGAGCCUUCUGCGUCACGCACUUGAAACGGGCGAGGCCUUGCCGAGCGUCAUGAGCAGUCCGUUGAUGGUGCGUGCGUUCCAGGACCGGAUGUACCGCACCCAUAGCCACCAGCAUGGCAGACAGCCGGAAGAGAGGGAAGAGCAUGUGAGGAAACUACUGGGUCCCGGUCACGAAGCAUAUGAUCGAGACAGAGCAGAAUGGGUUCAGGAAAUGGUCAUGGUUGUCAAGGAGGAGUUGGGAGAGACUCAUGUUGUGGAUGUGGAAGACUGGGGAGACGGGCUCUAUGGCGGUGAGGAUGCUAUUGAGCUUCGCGAGGCGAAAGAGGAGGACGGGCUGUUGGAGGAGAAUUUGAGGACGUGA